AAAUAAUCAGAGAAAAAUAACCUUAACUUUUACGAAAUUAAUCAAAUUUUUACGGAACCAUGAACACUCAUGCAUGGAACAACAAUGCAAACGCCUUUGAAAAUUUUGAAUCUUCCAUAACGACGCCGUUUUAUGACACUUCAGCUCCGGUAGCACCGGCGAUGCCAAUCUCCCGGAAUCCGAGUUUUCGCAGCAUAUUAUUGGCGGAGAAUUGGGCGGAGCUACCAUUGAAGGAGGACGAUACCGACGACAUGGUAAUCUACGGGACUUUGCGCGAGGCUGCCGUUACAACUGGCUGGUUCCCCGGUAAUGAGGUGAACAAUGUUGAUGUAGGUGUGAAAAUCGAAGAACAAGGUGAAAACAGUAGCACUGCAGCGGCGCGUGUGGUUCAGGCGCCACCAACAAAUGGUAAAAAGUUAGGCUUCCGAGGAGUUAGGAGAAGGCCUUGGGGAAAGUAUGCUGCUGAGAUAAGAGAUCCUAAGGCUAUGUUUGAGAGUUUG